CAGUUCACCACCUUCGUAUACAGUUGCAAUGGACCACGUGACUUAUGCUUACGGGAUUGGUUUCGUGGGCGUUUAUGAUUUCGGCACCAUGUCCCCGUACACUAUGGUGGACAAUGCGGUUGUAAUAUUCACAUUGAUAUUCACGCUGAGUGCCUUUGCCAGGUCACUGAUAAUCAAAAUACUUCAUGUAGUGCUGACAAGCUGUGUGGAAAUCGAGAUAUCUAUUACACCACAUUAUUUGUUAUUUGCGAUAUUACCCUUCAGUACAGAAUUCUUUUAUGCGCAUAAGUUGUAUGUAGUGUAUAUCUACGUCAAUGUGAUGCUGGCUACUAUGGCGUAUCUUGCUUUGCUAACGCUUAGUAUGUCUAAAUUGCUGCACAGCGAGUUUCGAUCCGUGAAGAAUUUAUACAUUGUCGGUAUAUUAUGUUUUUGGGGUUUCGUGUUUUCCGUACCCAUCACAGUGCAAUCUACAGUAUCAAAAAGUAGUUUACAAGGCUUAAUUUACGGUAUUAAGGUGUCAGUUUUAUAUUUGGGUGGUUUUAAAGUGGCCAUUGUCAUGUGGAUGUACGGAGUCGGCAGGUUCUCUACGGACAUACAUUAUUGGCUCGGCUUCAAGCCAACAAAGUUUUGGUCAAUGUGCUGGAUGUUUCUGCCUGUCGUGCUCUUCUCAUUUUCUAUAAACAGAAUUGUAAUUUUGAUUACUCAAAAGAAGGACAUUGCAGAAAUAUUGGCAGCGUCAUUGUGGAUUGCGUUCUCUGCAUUAGUAGUUACAAUAAUACAAAUCAAAACGGUGGUUAAGUAUCUUGUACGAAAUAAUAUUUCCAAGGCGUUCACCAGCAGUUCGAAGUACGGGCCACCAGACUCGGAUGACCGCAAACAGCGGAGAACGUACAAUGAAACUAUACGAUUAAGGCAGUGCAUACACAAUUGCAACGUGCUUGACGACUCAUUUGACUGUAAUCAUCUACCGUUGCUACAUAAAACUAGAUCAAGACUGUCAUCGUCAAGCGGGUCCAAUCCGUCAAUAAAAAAUAUCUUCGAAGCUGAAAAUAAGAAACGACAUUCGGAUAUCGUGGAGGCUUUUGAGUAG